AUGGCGGCAGAACAGCUUCAAGAUGUGGCUCGACGCCUACCUUGACGUGAACAUGGAGAAGUAAAAGAUGGAUCUUAGAGAAGACCAGGUUUUGCUCUAAUUCUGUGGGAUAUAUUACACGCCUGCAUUCAGAAGUGUCAGACCCAAAGACCCGAGAAGAACAAUCUCACGACUCGAUCCAUCGCCUGGACACGCAUGCUCUCGUCUCUUCCAUCGCCAUGUCUUCUACAUCAAAUUCUACAACCCCCAGAGAGGUAUGGACUUCCGAGCCAGGGGCCAUGGCUGCUGAGACAGCGGCCACUCGAUGGCCCCGAAUCGUUCAAGACAUGGUCGAUGCUGUGGCUCAGGCCAUGCUGUCGAGCUCCGUCAGUCCAGCUCAGCGCGGAGAGGGCGAAGAUAUACUUCGACAGCUCAAGCAGCUCAAGGAUGAAAUAGAACAAGACGAAGCUCUGCUACCACUGACCACAGACGGGUCUCGAGAAACCAAAGAAUACAACACAAAGCUAUCUUCCUUUGGCCCCAUCACCUGGAGUAACUCUCCGUGGCUUUUUGCCGAGUGCUACCUCUACGCUCGAGUCAACCAGAUCAUCACCAGCAAACCCACAUGGAGAGAAUUUGAUGUGUUCGCGCAGCAAAAGGCAAGCGCCCUCGCAGCCUCCUCCAACGCCGUACGAGAGCUGUCCACUCGGUACAUGGACUUGCCCACGUCUGCAUCCAGCCCUCUGAACGACACCCGAGUCGACUCCGACGCAGCCUAUCGCCUCUUCAUUGAGAUGACACAGGUCGCUCUCUGGGGCAACGCCACUGAUCUCUCUCUCCUGAGCAAGUUGAGCCUGGACCAGAUCCAUGCCCUACAAGGUGCAAAGGCCAUCGAGGAAGGCCAGGCCAGGAUCGUCAGCAACGACACGCGGGCUGCGUGGGAAUAUCUCUGCUCUGUGGAUGGGCCACGACGUAUCGAUAUCGUUCUCGACAAUUCUGGCUUCGAGCUCUUCACCGACUUGGUGUACUGCCUCUACCUGCUCGACUCUGGCCUGGCUUCUGACAUUACACUUCACCCGAAGUCGAUCCCCUGGUUCGUGUCAGAUGUCCUGCCGAAGGAUGUGGAUGUUUUAUUGUCGACACUUCUGGAAAGCCCAGAUUUCCAAGACGAGGACGGCCAAACACAGAAGCUGGCGCAGAAGCUCAAGGAGUGUCUAGCGCGCGGUCUCAUCAAGAUCAAAGAGCAUCGUUUCUGGACCACGGGAUUCGACUUUCAGGACAUGCCAGCAGAAGCGCCCGAUCUGUUUGAGGAACUGUGCAAGUCCACGCUGGUGAUUUUCAAGGGCGACCUCAACUAUCGAAAACUGGUGCAGGAUAAGACUUGGCCGCACUCAACGCCCUUCCGUUCUGCUCUCAGGUGUCUAUGCGGUGGUCAAAGCGGAUCCGCAGACGGCGUGAACAGAAAGGGCCCGAAGAUACUGGCCUUGCGCACCAACAAGGCUGAUGUCUGUGUCGGGGUCCCUGAGAAGACGGUGCAGCGAUUGGAGAGUGAAGCACCUGGACAAGCUUGGGUGCGCAAUGGGAAAUAUGCCGUCAUCAGUUUCUCGGAUGGCGGACCGGUAGAAUAGAAUAGACG